AUGUUUCCGCUGCUGUUGCUGGCGUGGGUUGCGGGUGCCUAUGAGUACCCGAACUAUUGUUCGAAAGUGGGUGACGAAGACUUUGUGCAAGCUCGGACGAUCCCCGAAUUGUCUCAGGAGGCGGUGCGGUUAAAGACGGAGUUGGUUCAUGUCUCGACGAUUCUGCGCCACGGCGCUCGAACGCCUGCGGGGCGCUACCUCUGUUGGCGCGGCUAUGCGCCGCAGUGGAACUGCGACGUCGAAGAAAGCCUACGGCCACUUCUGACUGCGCGAGCGUUUGCACACACACGUACAGAAAUUACCGACUUGAUACCCCCAGUACCCGGGGAUGCAGACAUAAAGGCGGCCGGGGCGAGUGAUGCCCAAGUGGCAGAUACGGAAGCGCACGACCUUGACCUGUUCCCCGAAACCGCCACGCCUCAACUCAUGUUUCGAAAACACUAUGAUAGCGAUCCCGCGGCCAACUCUCUCGGAGGCACCUGCGGCAAGGGCCACUUGCUCGCCGAAGGCUUUGAACAACACGCCCACAUAGGCCAGCUCUUUGCCCAAUACUACCAGAAGAAUUCUACACCUCUCAUCGCGACCGACGCCAAAAACCAAAUCUGGUUCCGCUCCUCCGACAUGCAGCGAACCAUACUCAGCGGAGCCACUUUCCUCACCCAUUUCAUUCGAGCUAGUAACUUGACGGUGGGUGGUGAGAUCGACUUGCACACGAUGGACGAGGGGAACGACUUUAUCUUUCCGAAUGCGCAUGCGUGUCCGGAGUUACAGCAGUUGAAGGAGGACCUAUUGUCGAGUCAGACGUUCGCGGAGUUGCAGGCAAAGUACGAGGGUGUGGAGAAGUCGAUUGCGGUAUUGACGGGGUUGGAGGACGUGAAGGCAUUGUGGCCGGGAGAGUUCUUCGACUGUAUCAUGACGGCUGUGUGUGGCGACGAGUGGGCGUCCCUGCCUUCGAACCUUCGACCUAUGUGGCUCAGCAGCGAAGUGGAUACCAGCGAUGCGGCGAGCAACCAACAGAUUGGAAGCAACCUAGCGGGAAAUAACCAGAUGGGAACUAACCAAGCGGCGUCUAUGCGUUGGUCGGAUGCUUUUCAUGAAACGGUGGGGAAAACCUCAGCGGCGGUUAAUGAAUACGCCUCAUACCAAUACACGUGGAACGGUAGUCGAUACAGUCGGGCAGCAACGGUUAAGUUCAUGGUAGAGUUUAAAACAGAGUUAUGUCGUGCAUUGAUGAAACACGUAACCGCAGACCAUGAACCUGCUCAGGCCGCACGCAUCCUGGCCGACAUUAUUCCGACAGACGACCUUCAGGAAUUUUAUCGGCGUGUCGUCGCAUCCAGAACCAGCAUUACUACUCCUUUCGACGCCAAAAAAUUGGUCGUCUAUGCAGCGCACGACACAACAUUAUUACCCUUCCUUGCUUCCCUCGGAAAUGAAGACAUGUUCGACGCCACUUGGCCACCUUACGCCAGCCAAAUGAUCUUCGAGCUACAUGCCGCUACCAAGGACACGCCACAUCUUCGCGACCAGCCGGAUGACGACGACCAAUCGGAUGAUGUGGACAACCAAACAGCCUACUUCUUCCGCCUCAUCUAUAACGGUGUUAGUAUCACUGACCGUAUCCCCGCAUGCUCCAAGAGAAGAGUCGGCACCAGCGACCUCUGUGGUCUCAAAGCCUUUUUCCAUGCCACCUCUUGGGCCGCGCCGUCCAAAGUCACUGCUCUCUGCGGGUCCCCGACAGUCAUUCCGGACGUCGUGUACUAA